AUGUUAAGAUAACACUAAGGUUCUUUUAAAACUAGAACCGGGCACUAAAAGCUAAAAUUAAUUGAAGAAUAAUCUCUUCCGCAUGAGUCUUCUGAAGGAUUACUUGAUUAUUUUAAUUUUUCAAGUAUUAAAAAAAAAUUAUAAUCUUGGUGUGAUAGUAUUGUAGACAAUGAUACAGUUCAUAGAUUUUUGAGUAAAAUUGGUCAAAAAGAUGAAGAUAAGGAUAGUAAUGACAAGAGUUAAAAAAACUAAGAUUCUAAAGGAGAUGAUAAAAAAGAUAAUUCAGAUAAUAAAGAAUAAGAUGAUAGUUCAACAAAGACUGAUAAUUCUAAUAAAGAAUUAAAAGUUAAUAGAGUGACUGAUUUCCAAAACGCUUCAUAUUUUGCAGCAAGUUUUAUGUUUAUCUUAGCAAUUUACUCUUUCAGUUCUGCUAAGACAGCCAGAAGGGGAGUUUUUAUUGGUUUAGGAGGUAUGAUUUUAGCUAUUUGGGCUUCAUUCUUUUCAAGUACUUGGGAUCUAGGAGAUUCUUUCAGAUGGUUAGUUUCUUUUCUUGUAGGAGGAACUAUAGGUUUAUUUGCAGGUCUCAAUGCCAAAAUGUCACAAAUAGGUUAAACUGUAUGCUUACUUUAAGCUAUGGUUGGGGCUGGUUGUUUUUUACUAGGGUUAGCAUAGUAUGAACGUUACGAAUAUUUGAAAGUAGAAUUUGAAGGCUUUGGAUCUAUUUAAACAGUAGUAGUAUGCUGGUUGGGAUCCACUCUCUUUUCAUCUACUUUGACUUCUUUCUAUAAACUAGAUAAAAAAAAUCUGGCUAAAGCACCAUUAGAAACAAUUGGAAAGAAAAGAGAUUUAUUUAACACAAUCGUGAUCAUUAGUAUUGUAGUUUUAUCUAUCCUUUACAUCUGGUUUAACUUUGGCUGGACUCUUUGGGUAAUCAUCUUCCUCUCUCUUUACAUUGGUUGGGGAUUGACUGUUUCUGCUUAACCCAAAGAAAUGAACAUUGUUGUCCCUUGUUAAACCUUUUUAACAGGUUUAACUAUUGUUUUUGUUGGUUUUAUGCUUGACAGACAUUAUUUAUUGCUUGUUGGAGCUCUUUGCAUAACUGGUGGUUUAUCACUUACUUUAUAAUCUGCCAAAGGAUUGAAUGUAAAAGUUCACUAAGUUUUCUUCAAGAGCUGGUCAAAAAGCAAUGCCGAUUCAGAAGCUUCAUAAAACCAUCACUUUGGAUAUCAUAACUAACUCAUCAACGAAAAUGAUUUAGCUCAUGAAUUGCUUUAUAAUGAUAAAAUUGUUUUUGUCCCAGGAAAUGGUAUUUAUCAAACGAACUCUACUUAGGCAUUAAGUGAAAUUAGUUUUGCUCUUUAGCAUUUAGGAAAGCAUGUAACUUUCUGUGUUCACCCUUGUUCUGGCAGAAUUCCUGGACAUAUUUAAGCAGUUUUAACUUCAUUUGAUAUCCCUUAUUCUAAGAUCAAGCAAAUGAAUGAGGUAGAUUUUGCAGAAUUUGAUCUUGCUGUUGUAAUUGGAGCUUAUGAAGAAGUUGAUCCUGAUAAUUUGAAUGACAGACAGAGCAGUAAUUAUAAAAUGCCCACAUGCAAAGUUUGGGAAGCCACUAAGGUUAUUUAUGUAGAAACUCAGAUUGAAAAAUAUAAAGGAAAUGGAUUAUUUGAUAAGCAAAAUAUCUCCGUUAUGAAAGGAGAUGCUAACAAACUUUUAUCAAAUAUUGUUAAAGAUUUCUAGAGAAAAGGUUUCACUGAUAUGGAUCCUGAAGAGAGAAGUCUUAUUUUAUAAGGAGUAGCUAUUUAAGCUCAAUCCAAUUUAAUUCCUUAAUAAACAGCCAAUCCUGAUGACUUAGAAGAUCUUGUAAAGAAGGCAACUAGAAUUUUAGGUGUUUAUAAUGAAUAAUCUGAAAGCAACGAAACCAGAGUGGCCAUAACUCCAUCUGCUGUUAAACCUUUACUGAAAAAUGGAGUUCAUGUUUGGAUUGAGAAAGAUUCUGGAAAGUCAAGUGGAUUUUCUGAUGAAUAGUAUUACAAAGCUGGUGCAAAAAUAGCAACAGCAAAUGAAAUUUUCUAAAAUGCAAAUAUUUUAGUUUUUAUCUCUUAAUUGAAAGAUAAGUAAAUUAACUAAAUUGGUAAGGCUGUUGAGUUGCUAGUUGCUCCUCUUGGAAAAGAAAAAAAAUAAGUUGUUUCUAAGCUAGCUAAAAACGAAAAACUUACUGUUGUUGAUUUGAGUGAUAUUUCUCCUGAAGUUAUACGUGCUUAAAAGCUAAGUACAUCAGCUAAUUAAGAAACCCUUUCAUGUUACCGUUCAGUUUUUGAAGGUUUUUAUCACUUAAACAAAAUUGCUCGCCCAGUUUAUAAUAGUACUGGAAGAUCACCUGGUGCUCAUGUCCUAGUUAUAGGUGCUGACCAUUUAGGCUUAACAGUAGCUAGCAUUGCUAAAUAGUAUGGUUCAAUCGUAAGGGUUUAUGAUAGAAGAGAUGGAUUGAAGCAUUUAAUUAAAAAAAGUGGUUUUAUUCCAGUUGAGUUUGUAUAUGAAAUAGUAAAUAAUAGCCCAAAUCAUGUUGAAGAAGUUUAAAAGAAUGCUCUUAAAGAAGUUCUCAAAACCACAGAUCUUGUGAUUACAGCUUCUUUCAAGGAUGAUGGAUCUGCUACCAAAGUCUUAAAUGAGGAAUUAUGCAGUUUGUUAAGAAGAGGGUCUGUUAUUGUAGACUUAGCAGCUGAAAAGGGGGGCAAUACUUCUUUAACUUAGUUAGAUAAAGUUAACCACGAUGUAAAUUUAGGUAUUCAUGUUAUUGGUUACAGCUUUGGUAGCUAUUGCUAGAAACUCAAUAGAUAAUCUAGUGAACUCCACUCUCUAAGCAUCAACCACCUUUUCAAUUAGAUUUUCUUAAAUAAAAAUUUAGAACUUGGCUUGGUUGAUUUACAAGAUGAAACAUUAAGAGAAGUCUGUUACUUACACACCGGAAAAGAUGUAUCAGAUAGAUCAUUUAAAAAGCACUAACAUGAUCAUGAGAAAUUAGCUAACGAAAGUGAAAUCCCUGAUUAAUCUGAGCAAAAAUUAGUUGAAAAAUAAGAUAAAGAAAGCGAUAGAAAGAGUAUUGACAUUCAGCAUUCAGAAGCUUCUGUCCAUUUAGAUGGAAACAAUGAUAAAAUUUCAGAGGAAAAUAAGGAAAAAACAUUUGGAGAAAAGUUCAAAAAUACUCUUAAGAAAACCGGAGAAUAUUAUGAAAAUUCCAAAGAGUAUGUUCUUAACUUUGUUAGCGACUAAUUCAGUGAAAAAAGAGAAGAAGAAAUCAACAAGAAUCCUGGUGUUUUUGCUACUUUAUUUACUGUGUUUGUACUUAUCUUCUGUCUUUUCUUGGGAGUUUUAACUGACAGUGAAUUCAUUUUCCAAUUAGGACUUUUCAUUCUUGCUUUAUUUGUUGGUGAUACUGUAAUUAAAUAAGUUGAUCCUGGUUUGAAUGGACCUUUGCUAUUAUUUUUGUAAACAUUGAGUGGAAGCAUUGGAAUAGCCUGCAUGCUUAUCUUCUCAUAAGAAGAUAAUGUUGCUUUCUUUUCAGCCUUUACAAUAAUUGCUACUGUUGGAAACAUGCUAGCUAUGGCUUGUGUUGUAGGAGGCUUUGCACUAACAAUCAGGGCUGUUACUAACUUUACUCCAAGAGAAUACAGAUAAAUAGAUAACUCUGAAUGA